AGGCCCUAUGGAUCUCGUGCAGAAUGCCAUGGGAACCCUCGGACCCUGGCACAUCGUCAUCGCCGUAGCUCUCUCCCUCGUAAAAUUCCCGGUCGCGUGGCAUCAGCUAUCGAUAAUUUUCCUGGCACCGCCCGUGAACUUCACCUGCAUCUCGCCAAUUGCCGCCGACAAUGAGACGAUGUUCAGAAGAUGCCACGUCAAUGUAGGCAAUGGCAGUAUGGAAAAAUGCACGGAUUUCCAUUACGACAGAAGCAUCUUCCGCGAGACCAUAAUUACACAGUGGAAUUUGGUAUGUGACAGAGAACAACUCGCAAAUUUUGCUCAAUCGUGUACAAUGUUAGGAGUCUUAAUGGGUAAUAUGAUUUUCAGCGCAAUGUCGGACAGAAUUGGACGAAAGAUUCCUUUGAUGAUUGCAAUAUUAUUACAAUCCGUGUUCGGAUUGUUGACUGUAUUCUCCCCAUGGUACGAAUUAUUUUUAACAUUUAAAUUUAUUUCCGCCGUAGCUACUGGAGGUACUAUGCUUGUUAGUUUCGUUUUACUCAUGGAAAUUGUGGGUCCGAAAUGGCGUUCUAUGUUAUCAGUUCUCUUCCACGUACCUUUCUUGAUAGGCUUUCUUUUGAAUCCCUUAAUAUCUUAUUUGACACGAACAUGGUAUGGAUUUCAAAUGGCCGUCUCUAUACCACCGAUUUUCUUACUUUCGUAUUAUUGGAUUGUUCCGGAAUCACCAAGAUGGUUGCUCGCGGUUGGUAAAAUAAACGAUGCAGAAGUUAUUCUCACUAAAGCCGCAGAGAAGAAUAGAAUUCCUUUAAGCAACGUUACAGAGGUAAUUAAUGAACAUCGCAGUCAAACGAAAUUACAAGGUGAUCAAGACCAGAAGUACAACGUGACUCAUUUGUUUCGAACGCCAAAUCUUCGUGUGAAAACAAUUUGCGUGUGUGUCAAUUGGUUUGUCAGCGGAAUGUGCUUCUUUGGAUUAGCCCAAUAUAUGGGUCAACUAGAUGGAAAUAUUUUUAUUAACACGGCUGUAUCAGCGGCGGUCGAGAUUCCUGGCACAAUUGUCAUUCUUUAUCUGAUAUCUCGUGUCUCGCGACUCCGCAUCCUCAUUGGUGCGUGCACAGUCUCCGGGACUGUACUCCUCCUGAUAAUGCUGUUCGACAACCCGACGAUUCGCGUGACCUUGGCAGCAAUUGGCAUCGCCGGCAUGUCCAUAUCCUUCCCGACUAUUUAUCUCUACAGCAGCGAGGUAUUUCCCACGGUGGUGAGGAAUGUUGGCGUCGGCACCGGCAGCACCUGCGCCAGAAUCGGCAGUAUGAUCGCACCUUAUAUCGCAACUAUGGGUAAUAUACAGCCGUGGCUGCCACCAUUUUUAUUUGGAAUUGGAUUGAUAAUCGGAGCUUGUCUUUGUUUAUUGCUACCAGAAACAAUGAAUUGUGACUUACCAGAAACGAUCGAAGAUGGUGAGAAGUUUGGAAAGAAAACGUCCGGAAAACAUACUCCUUGAAACUUCUUGCCGACCAAUGAUUUUCAUUAAUUUGUUGAAUAAGCGUUUGUCAUAAACAGACUGACAACAUUUUUAUAAAUUGACAUUAAUCGUCAAACAAUCAACUCACAUCCUGUAACAAAUAUUCACAUUUUAUUUAUAUUUAUUGGUUUUGCAUAUACAAUAUUUUGUAUCAUUAAGUGUAAU